AUGGCGCCCACGAGCGUUUGCCCCAUCGCGCCGCGGCUCGCGGCGGCCGCGUCCGUCUCCGGGCGCCCGUGGUCGCCGCCGGCGAGCUACCAGGCCGCGAGCGCGAGGUGCUGGAGCGCGAGGAGGGGGAGGAGGAGGAGGUGGGCGGGGCUCAGGGCGAGGUGCGCGGGCGCCGAGCCCGCCGUGGAGCCCGGUUCGGAGAGCGCCCCGGAGGAGCCGGUUGGGGACGUGGAGCAGGCGAAGCCGCAGUUCGACCUCAACCUCGCCGUCGUGCUCGCCGGGUUCGCCUUCGAGGCCUACAGCAGCCCACCCGAAGAUGCAGGCUGGCGUGAGACCGAUGAGGCCGGAUGUCAGACGGUGUUCCUAUCCAAUGUAUUUCUCCGUGAAGUAUAUGAUGGCCAACUAGUUGUGAGGCUGAAGAAAGGCACGAGUCUUCCUGCAAUGGAUCCAUGGGGUACAAGUGAUCCUUAUGUAGUUCUACAACUUAAUGGUCAAACUGUAAAGAGCCAAGUUAAAUGGGCGACGAAGGAGCCAACAUGGAAUGAAGAUUUCACAUUAAACAUUAGGAAAUCUCUAGAAAAUCUACUCCAGGUUGAGGCUUGGGAUGCAAACCUUGUCACUCCACACAAACGCAUGGGAAAUGCUGGGUUGUACCUUGAAACACUUUGCGAUGGAAAUAAACAUGACAUUACUAUUGAAUUAGAAGGUCCUGGUGGCGGUGGAACUAUCGAUUUAGAGGUCAGGUACAAGAGUUAUGAUGACAUUGAGCGUGAUAAGCAAUGGUGGAGUACACCUUUUGUGUCUGACUUUCUUGCAAAGAGCAGCCUAGGAUCUGCUCUUAGGUCGGUCCUUGGAUCUGAAACUGUAAAUGCAAGUCAGUUUGUGCAAUCCGCAUUUGGUCAACUGAGUUCUUUCACUGACACGAAGGCUCAAAAUCCUUUUGAUACUGAAUCUGAGGUUUCUGAAAGGCCCGAGGAAUCCCUGGAUAACUCUAUUGGACCAAAUGAACUUCAACAGAAGAAGAUUGAUUCAAAAGUUUCUGGGGACAAUUCAGAUUCUCAGAGUGAACCUGUAUCUACUGCUGCAGUUGUUAAAAGUGAAGGAAAUACGCCACUUGAUACGAAGGAACCUGAUGACUUCUGGAGUGCUUUCACCAACACACUAAACCAAAACGUUAUAAAAAACUUCGGAAUUUCUCUUCCCGAGGCCAAGCAAUUGGAUGGAUUUGACUUAUUAAGUUCCCUUGGUUCGAAAUCACGUGAAAUCGCGGAACAGGUGUAUUUGGAUUCCGGACUGGCAACAUCAGAUACCUCAACUAGUGAUGGCAGUGAAACAACUCCUGAACUUACAGUCGGUAUUGAUGAUAAAGAUAGCACAAUGCCAACUAAAGAGGCUGCACAGGCUUCAUUUCCAGACAUUAAUGAAGUAUCUCGGGAUGUAUUGUCCCAAACAGAGAAUAUACUAGGAGCUUUGGUGAUCCUUUCUAAGAAUUUCUCAUCGCAAGAGAAGGGUUCAGAAACUAUUGACGAAGCGGACGUGAAAGAUGGUUUGAUUGGAGAAGAUCAAGGUGCUGCGGAUUCCAUUGAUAAGGCUGGUGCUGUUGCAUCCACCAAAGAGCCCAAAGAUACAAAGAAAGCAGAUGACACACAACAACUGUUUGCAAGUGCAGAGACUGCCGUGGAGGCAUGGGCUAUGCUGGCCACUUCAAUGGGGCGUUCCAGUUUUAUAAAAUCAGACUUUGAGAAGAUAUGUUUUCUGGACAAUGGUUCAACAGACACACAGGUCGCCAUUUGGCGUGAUUCUUCACGAAGAAGGCUGGUUGUUGCUUUUCGAGGAACUGAGCAAACAAGGUGGAAGGAUUUGGUAACUGACUUAAAUCUUGUGCCGGCUGGACUAAACCCUGAGAGGUUGGGUGGUGAUUUCAAGCAGGAAGUUCAAGUUCACAGUGGAUUCUUAAGUGCAUAUGAUUCUGUUAGGAACAGGAUCAUGGUUCUUAUCAAAUACGCCAUUGGAUAUAUGGAUGAAGAAGAUGCAGAAACGAUAGCUAAGUGGCAUAUCUAUGUAACUGGACAUAGUUUAGGCGGAGCUCUAGCAACCCUUCUUGCUCUCGAGCUUUCAUCAAGUCAAAUGACCAAGGAUGGUGUUAUAUUUGUGACAGUGUACAACUUUGGCUCUCCUAGAGUCGGAAAUAGAAAGUUUGCUGACGUCUACAAUGCGAAAGUAAAAGAUAGCUGGAGAGUUGUCAACCACCGAGAUAUCAUUCCAACAGUGCCACGUCUUAUGGGCUAUUGCCAUGUGGAGGCACCAAUUUAUCUUAAAUCUGGAAAUCUAAAACACGCACUGGAAAACAAGGAAAUUUUGGAUGAUGAAGACCAAGGGGAUGAGAUUGGCGAGUACACCCCUGAUGUCCUUGUUAGUGAAUUUAUGAAAGGAGAGACGCAGCUUGUGGAAAAAUUACUACAGACGGAAAUAAAUCUACUCCGCUCGAUCAGGGAUGGGUCAGCUGUUAUGCAGCACAUGGAAGACUUUUACUAUGUCACUCUUCUAGAGACUGUGAGAUCAAGGUACCAAGCGGUUGAUACCACAAAUGAAGUAUAGCACCAGUUGACUGAGUAAAAUUGUGUGAUGGAACUUCCCAGACCUGAUUCACACUGGAUGGGAAAUGAUACAAAGUACUCCUCCUCCACACUUGCAACUGCACACCUCUUACCUAGUGACUGGGCUCCUUCGACAAAGAUGUACUAAUGAAUAUUGCGACCAAAGAAAAUCUGAUCCAGAAAACAACAGCAUAUAAUAGUCUGCCAACCUAUAGCAAACGAUAUUUCUGACUGGUGGAUGUAACUAAUUGAGAUGUGGCGUGGGAAGAUGUGUAUUCUCCAUCAGAAGUCACAAGGUAUAUUGCAAAGCCCAACCAUCCAGGAAAAUGAGUGAAUGUGCAGAAACAUUGUUAACAUCCUGAAUUUUGUUCGUUAAAUUUUACUUUGACAAAGGAUGUUACAUGGUCUGUAACUAACAAUAAUGUAGUUCAUCCAUAGUGUGUCUAAAUCAAUCCGUUUUGGAGUUAAUUUAGCCUAAAGAAAUGGGAGAGUAUAUUCUGGGGCACUCUCUGUUGGUAGUUUGCCCCAGGAGCCCUGGAAAGAAAUUCCACUGGAUUUUCCAUGUACA